AAUAUCAUAAGCUAGAAAAGCCAAAAGCCCAACCAAGCAAGCCCUAAAUGUCGGCCCUACCAUUUCAGUAAUUUUUUUGGCCUUCAAAUUCUAUUUUCUUCCUUGCCGCCGCGACUUCUUAGCCAUUCUUUGAAGUAGAAUCCUUGUCCCUUGUGUUGACUAGCUACUGAUUUUCUUUAUUCCCCGUGAUCUAACAUUGCUUCGUGGUAAUAGAGAAGAAUCUCUUUAGUAGUUUAGUGAUUGAGAAGGUUCGGUAAAGUUGUCUGCUAAGCCCCUCUAAAAGGGAGAACAGGCAGGCUUCACAGUUUACCGUUCACACUGAGCAAUUUCGCAGGAUAACAACUUUCCCAGCAUUAUUUUAUUUCUUUAUGCAAAAGCAUUCUGCACUAGUUUGGAACAAAGAUUUUAUAUUUCUUAGACUUUGAUGAAAAUUCUUUCCUUCGAAAGUACCUUGGUAUUUCCAUAGCGUGAACCUCUUGUGGAAGGCUUGGUUUUUUUCUCGGAUAUGAACAGAUGAUGUUGGUGCUCAUUUAAUCAUCUUGGUUCAGGGAAAUCAGUUAUGGAUCAUCUAAAUCUUAGAGACUCCCUGCUUCUACUGCUCAGUCUACAUCUUUUGCUGUCACUAUUUGUCCCGUUUGCUUCGGCAGACAUAGCCUCUGAGAAGCAAGCACUCCUUUCUUUUGCCUCUGCAGUCUACCAUGGCAACAAGCUUAACUGGGGUCAAAAUACCUCAUUGUGUUCAUGGCAUGGUGUAACAUGCUCAGCGGAUCGAUCACGUAUAUCGGAGCUUAGGGUACCAGGUGCUGGUCUGAUUGGUGCCAUUCCUCCUAAUACUCUUGGCAGGCUUGUGUCUCUCCAAGUAUUAAGCCUGAGGUCCAAUCGUCUGAGUGGAAACCUUCCAUCUGAUAUCGCCUCACUACCUUCUUUGAAUUCUAUAUUUCUUCAACACAACGAACUGUCAGGAGAUUUGCCUUCUUUUUUCUCUCCAAGCCUUAAUACACUCGACCUCUCCUACAACUAUUUUACUGGACAAAUCCCUACAAGUUUCCAGAAUCUUACCCAAUUAUCUGUCCUGAAUUUAGCAGAAAAUUCUCUGUCUGGACCAAUCCCUGAUCUCAAACUUCCAAGCCUAAGACAACUAAAUCUGAGCAGCAAUGAACUAAAUGGCUCCAUUCCUCCCUUUCUCCAAAUAUUCUCAAAUAGCUCAUUCUUGGGGAACCCUGAAUUGUGUGGCCCGCCUCUUGCUGAAUGUUCCAUUCUUCCUUCACCGGCACCGGCACAAGUGUCUUCACUGCCACCAUCACCAACAUUACCUCAUCAGAAGAAGAAAGGACGGAAAGGCUUUAUAAUUGCAGCUGCUGUUGUGGGCUUUGCUGUAUUUCUACUAGCUGCUGUGAUGUUCACUAUGUGCUUUUCAAAGAGGAAGGAGAAGAAAGAAGAUAGACUGGAUUACAAUGAUAAGGGGACUGAUGGUAAAAGGAUUGAGAAGCGUAAAGAGGAUAUCAGUAGUGGUGUCCAAAUGGCUCAGAAGAACAAGUUGGUUUUCCUGGAGGGAUGCAGUUACAACUUUGACUUGGAGGAUUUACUGAGAGCUUCUGCUGAAGUUCUUGGCAAAGGGAGCUAUGGAACUGCCUACAAGGCCUUACUUGAGGAUGGCACUAUUGUGGUUGUCAAGAGGCUAAAGGAUGUUGUGGCAGGGAAGAAAGAAUUUGAGCAGCAGAUGGAGCUCAUUGGGACGGUAGGCAAACAUGCAAACCUCAUACCGCUUCGUGCUUACUACUACUCAAAGGAUGAGAAGCUUGUUGUUUAUGAGUAUAUUGCUACUGGCAGCUUCUCAGCUUUGUUACACGGUAUUAAGGGCAUUGCUGAGAAGGCCCAAUUAGAUUGGAAUACCAGGAUGAAGAUUAUACUUGGAACGGCACACGGUAUUGCACACAUUCAUGCAGAAGGUGGCUCCAAGCUCACCCAUGGCAAUAUCAAGUCAACCAAUGUCCUGCUUGAUCAAGAUCACAACCCUUAUGUCUCAGACUAUGGGCUGAGCGCUUUGAUUAGUCUUCCAAUCAGCACCUCCCGAGUUGUCGCCGGUUACCGCGCUCCAGAGACCUUUGAAUCCAGGAAAUUCACCCAUAAGUCUGACAUAUACAGCUUCGGUGUUCUCCUCAUGGAGAUGCUGACUGGCAAAGCACCCCUUCAGUCUCAGGGACAGGAUGAUGUGCUUGAUCUACCAAGGUGGGUGCAUUCCGUGGUCCGAGAGGAGUGGACCGCUGAAGUGUUUGAUGUUGAGCUGAUGAAGUAUCCUAACAUAGAAGAUGAGCUGGUCCAGAUGCUCCAUAUCGCCAUGGCAUGCACGUCAAGGUCUCCAGACCGACGUCCGACAAUGGUGGAGGUGAUCAGGAUGAUGGAGGAGCUCUGGCGGUCCACUUCAGAGAGCCUCACUUCGUCCAAUGACAAUCUCAAGGGAUCCAAUCCUCCAUCUGUGUAAUUCCUUGAUUCGGCGCAAGUUGCUGCGUUGUGUGAAUCAUCACAUUUUCAGGCUAAUCUGUGAUUCUGAUUCAUUCAGAAUUCAUGUACCCUGACAUUGACAACCUCCUAUGUAGUCCUGAAGCUUGAGCACGGGCACCA